GGGGUAAUGUCAGCAGCGGCAAUUAUCAUGCCAUUGCUUGAGGCCGACCGACUUUAACAAGUGAAAUGAGAUACCCAGGACAAUCAAGAUUACCAGGCCCUGCGAACACGAAUGACGAUAACCUCGCCACUUGUUCUCGAAGCAUGUCAAAACUGGUGUUUGGCCAUGGGUGGGACCAAUCAUCCAUCACGACGCACUCUCUAUUUACAGCUCCUGAUCCCUGGCGACUGCCUGCACAUGAGAUUGUCCUGGACUCGGCGCACAGAUUCCAUGCAGGGGCUGCACGCGAAAUGAGCCUUCUCUGCCGUGUAACCCCCUUACGGGACUGCCCUACCGGAACCAACAGUCCUCCAAUGUGUUUUGCCUUGCGCAGCCCUCAUGCUGCUCCUGCUGGUGCUGGUGCUGGUGGUCUAGACAGAUUACUACGCGUGGUGCACGAAAUGGAGGGCGAGAGAGCACGCUAGCAGUUGCGCUCCGGGAGGGAGGCGUCAGCAACCAUAAGCGACUUGCGAGGCGAGCAUACGAGCGUAAAAUGGAAGAGGAAAAAAAAAAACUUGAGACACUCGUGGCUCGGGGACAAGGAUUGACGGUGUCCUCCGGAAGCGGUGCGAGACAGGCAUUCUUGUUGGC